UUUGCCCAAUCCUUUCUAACCCCGAACGCCAUAUAAAUACUCCGCCGCCCCGCCUCAUCCGCGAGCGUAGGAGGAGACGUCGACGAAGAAGACGACGAAGAAGGCGAUCGCUAGGGUUUCGCGAUCUCGAUAUGGGGGCGUUCAGGUUUCAUCAGUAUCAGGUCGUAGGGAGAGCGCUCCCGUCGUCGGGGGAUGAACACCCGAAAAUCUACCGGAUGAAGCUUUGGGCGACCAACGAGGUCCGCGCCAAAUCCAAGUUCUGGUACUUCUUGAGGAAGCUUAAGAAAGUGAAGAAGAGCAAUGGACAAGUUUUGGCGAUCAAUGAGAUUUUUGAGCGGAAGCCGACCAAGAUCAAGAACUACGGCAUCUGGCUCCGCUACCAGAGUCGGACAGGCUACCACAACAUGUACAAGGAAUACCGCGACACCACCCUCAACGGCGCCGUGGAGCAAAUGUACAACGAGAUGGCUUCUCGCCACCGCGUGAGGUUCCACUGCAUUCAAAUCAUCAAGACCGCCACCGUACCCGCCAAGCUUUGCAAGAGAGAGAGCACGAAGCAGUUCCACGACUCCAAGAUCAAGUUCCCUCUCGUGUUCAGGAAGGUGAGGCCGCCCACGAGGAAGCUCAAGACCACCUACAAGGCGUCGAGGCCGAACCUGUUCAUGUGAUUCGGGUAACAAUCAGAUUCGUCGAGUGUUUUUGUUUUGUUUGCUCUGCUCAAGUUCAAUCGGAUUUGAUGGAAGGCCGGAGUGCUGACGAGCUUUAAUCUAUUAUACCAUGGAGUUUAUUGUUUUGAAGUUUUGUGCAUGAAUCUUUAUGUUUAGUGAACUGUUUCAGUUCAGUCAAAUUCGCACUUGGAAGUUUUGGUAA